AUGUUAUUCAACAAACUAGCCCUUCCUUUGGUUGCAGCUGCCCAACUUGCAGCUGCUGAUGAAGAUUCAACCAGUACCAUCACCAUGACGACCACCUUUACACUUUUGACACCUGAGCAGAGUUCUGCUCUUGUUGCCAGUGCCGCCAGUGCUGCAUCUGUUGCUUCAGCUUCUUCAGAAGCUUCGGUUGCAAGUGCUGCAAGUGCAGCUAGUGCAGCCUCUGCUUUUUCCGUUGCAAGUGCAGCCUCUGUUGCCAGUGAAGCAUCUGCAGCAUCUGCAGCAUCCGCUUAUUCUGCAGCAAGUGCAGCUAGUGUUGCUAGUGCAGCAUCCGCAGCCUCAGCUGCAACGGUGUCUCUUCAACAGGCAAGAGGUCUUUUGGCAGUUGCUUACGUCAGAAAUUCGACUUCUGCAUACUACGCUUCGACUAACUCGAGCACGCCUGCUGUUGAAUCCUCCACGCACUAUCUCAACACCACGAGCUCCCACUUCUACAACACCACAUCCACAUCUGUGCACAAGACCAAGUCAUCCAAGAUUUCGACAACCUCGGAAUUCUCGGAGAGCUCAUCUUCAUCAUCAUCAUCUUCUCUCACCAUUCCAGAGACAACAUCCUCAUCACAGUCCUCGUCGAGUUCUGCAGCUGCUGCAUACGCUGCUGCAUUAAACGGUGCGGGUCUUGGUGCUGCAGGUCUUGUUUUGGCCGCCAUCCUAUAA